GCUUUUCUUCCGUAUCACAGAAAACAUGGACGCGUGUUAAGCACCAACUUUUUUUAAAAUUUAAAAUCUCUAGUUUGUGAAAUGCCGACGUCGGAACGCUCGAGCUCUGACGGCGGGGAGCCCAGGAGCCCUCGCGCCCGGAGACCCCGCAGUCGCUCCCGCAGUCGCCAUCGCAGCAAAAGUCGCGAGCGCAGCCUGUCUCCGUACAGCUUCGGGCCCAAACUCCCGAAGCCGCGUAACAGGGAGAAGGAGCACGAAGAACGGGACCGCCGGUUCCGCGAGGCGAGAAACAUCAGGCGGAUCCGCAUAGCAAGCCCCCGCCGAAGCCGGUCCCGGUCCAGGGAGCGUCACAACAACAACAACACCAACAACGCCAACAAUAACACCAACAACCCCAACAACAACAACACCUACAACCACUGGUCCGAGCAACGGGACGCGCCUGGGAAGCACGGAAGCUUCAAAGAUGAUUAUUACUACGAGCAGCAACGGGACGACGCUCAGAGACAGAGACAAGAGACUUUUAUUGCCAGGCGUCUGCAAGAGAGAGAGCGGAUCGGGGAGUUAGGUUGUCCUGAAGUUUGGGGAUAUUCACCAAGAGUUAAAGAGCCAGACUCUGAUGAAUUCACACCAGUCGAAGAAGACGAGAAAAACAGCAGUUCAGAAUCGAGCUCAGAAGACAAGAAGAAGAAAAAGAAGAAGAAAAAGAAAUCCAAGAAGAAAAAGAACAAAAAGCACUCCGAGGACAGUGAGCUGGAAUCAGAAUCAGACGAAGAAGAAAUAAAGAAGAAGAAAAAGAAAAAGAAGAGCAAGAAGUCAAAGAAGUCCAAGAAGAAGAAGGCAAAGAAGAGUGUGAAGGAGUCCAGCAACUCCAGCAGUGAGGAGUCCAAGGAGGAAGAGGUGGGGGAGGGCGAGGGGGAGGAUGACGAUGCCAACGCAGUGAUGUGGGUUGAGAAAACCUGCAUGGACGAAAACGUGGUCGGCCCUGAAGCUCCGCUCACACACCUGUCGCAGGACGACGACCGACCUUUGGAUUUCGGUCAUGCCCUGUUGCCAGGUGAAGGUGCUGCGAUGGCGGAGUACGUGAAAGCGGGCAAACGUAUCCCGAGAAGAGGUGAGAUCGGUCUCACCAGCGACGAGAUCGCAGACUUCGAGAAGUCUGGCUACGUGAUGAGCGGCAGCAGACAUCGUCGUAUGGAGGCUGUGCGUCUGAGAAAGGAAAACCAGAUCUACAGUGCGGAUGAGAAGCGAGCUCUGGCGUCCUUCAACCAGGAGGAGAGGAGGAAGAGAGAGAGCAAGAUCCUGUCGAGCUUCAGGGAGAUGGUGUACCGGAAAACCAAAGGCAAGGAGGAGAAGUGAACAUCACAUUGGUGCAGAUUACCCUUUUUAUAGGGGGGGGGAUUCCUGUUUUAUUCCCUUUGUGGAGGAUAACUACAUUCAGUUGGAGUGGAAUGUACAGUCUGGUGGGAGGAUUUUACUUUUUUAGGAAAUGUGUGUAAGACUCUAUUCUGUUGUAUUAAGUUCUCCAUCCUAUUUACUCACUGGAGCAUCUUCCCUUUCAAGUGUUCAAACGUAACUUGUUCUUGUAAAUGUUUAUCCUGAUGAGAACGGUAAAUAAAUUUUCAUUAUCAAGUUGUUUUUUUAACUUUUUUAACCAGUAAAACAAAAUAUAGUUAUUUCAGUAAAAAUAAGACUAUUUUAAAGAGCAAAUGGCUCAAAGCAUCUUCAGCUUGAGUUCCAAGUUCUUUUAGAUAGAUUAAAGGAGUUGAAGGAAAGAAAGCAAAGAUUAAAAGAAAUGGAUGAAAACUACAUACUUUUGUAUACCAUAAAUCAUUUAUUUAUGCUCUAUAUGUUGAUCAUUUUGUGAUCUCAGAUUUAUCUUUCAACUCCUUCAACCCAGUUUUAAAACUAAUGCAUUUUAAGUUAUACAAAGUCAUGAUUUUAUAGUAAAGUAUACAAAUAGUUGAAUAACAAAGUUCUCUAUCCUGUUUGAGCUGGUGGAUUCUUUUAAAAUCAAUGUUUCUUGUUCAAGCACCUCCUGAUAUUACUGUAUUUCAACAGGGCACCUCUGGAAGGAAAUUGUUUUUUGUGCAUUAAACUUUUACAACAA